AUGUUCAGCCGGUCGGGAUAUCAAGCUCUUCCACUGGGGGACUAUAACCGUUUCCCACAGUCCAGCAUUGGAGUCUAUGGAUCUCAGAAGAGCUUAUUUUCCUUUGGGCACGUGCAAGACCCAUGGGACCAGGUCCCGCAAAUGAAAGGUUCCUCCCAGGACUAUCUGUCAUGGAUUUGCCAUGGGAUUGUCACCUCUUUGGCCUUCCUGCUGAUGGUCAUCACCUUCCCCAUCUCCAGAUGGUUUGUCUUGAAAUUAAUCCCUGCCUACGAGCGAAUGACUGUAUUCCGCUUGGGCCGGAUCCGAGCCCCCCAGGGGCCAGGCAUGGUCCUGCUGUUGCCAUUCAUAGAUCACUGGCAACUAGUAGACUUGAGGACAAGAGCCUUUAAUGUGCCAUCACGUAAGCUGACCUCUAAGGAUGGAGCCGUGAUCUCCAUGGGGGCUGAUAUCCAGUUCCGAGUGUGGGAUGCAGUGCUGUCUGUCAUGAUGGUGAAAGAUCUGAAUGCAGCCAUCUGAAUGAUGGCCCAAAACGCCAUGACCAAGACCCUGCUGAAGAAGAACCUGAGGGAGAUCCAGACAGAGAAGCUGCGGAUUGGGGACCAGCUCCUGGUGAGGGUUUGCUUAUGACUUUGGGCCCUGCUCCUGUGCUGUGACAUGGAAAGUGAAGCAACCCAUUUCAGUCUGUGCCUCACCAGCUGCAGGACCCGAAUCCCUAAUUCUCUAGCUAUGUAAUGUUACUGAAAUAUUGGGUCUGCUUAGCUGAGAGCUAAUUAACAGCUUGACAGGGAUAAGGAAAAAUGCUUUAUUUUGCAGAAAAAGGAGAGCCUGUACUUUGGUACAAAAGACUUUGUUUUUGGAAUGAUCCGAUGGGCAGGGACAUCAGCGGGUAGGGACUGAAAUUGAGCUG